AUGGCAGGCCCUCGGCACCCAGUGUCAGUACGUGCAGCAGCUCUGGUGCAGACAGAGAGGCUCCAGACAUUCGCCAUCUCUGUGCACUGGUCUGACAACAGCAACACCUUUGUGCGCAGGAGCUGGGAUGAGUUCAGGAGGCUUCAUAAGACCCUCAAGGAGACCUUCCCAGUAGAGGCGGGCCUGCUGCAGAGAUCUGACCGCAUUCUCCCCAAGCUUCCAGACACUUCCUUGUUGGUGCGUGGGGGGCGUACAGGCCGCGGCCUGACACGCCUGCGGCUGCUGGAGACCUAUUCACAGACAUUGCUGUUGGUGAAGCAUGUGUCUAGGGCCCCAGUGAUCACCAGCUUCUUUGCACCACAACCCUGGGACCUGGAGCCCACAGUGCCACCUGGCAGCCUGGUGAUCUUGCCUGUCCAGGAAGAGCCCCUACCUGGCCCUGUGGGCAGCCUUUCCAUCCACAGCCUGGAGGCUCUGAGCCUACACUGCCUGCAGCCCUUCAGCACCCAGGACACACGGGGCCGACUUUUCCAUGCUCAGGCCCAGGAAGCCCUAAAUGUGCUGCUGCGACACCCCUCAGGCUGGUGGCUGGUAGAGAAUGAAGACCAACAGAUAGCAUGGUUUCCUGCUCCCUACCUGGAGGAGGUGGCCCCAGGCCAGAGACAAGAACAGGGGCAGUCCCUAGGGAGUAGUGGGUCCCAGUUCUGUGCUUCCCGUGCCUAUGAAAGCAGCCAGGCCGACGAGCUAUCAGUACCUGCAGGGGCACGUGUGCGCGUGCUGGAAAUGUCAGACCGUGGCUGGUGGCUAUGCAGGUUCGGCAACCGCACAGGUCUUCUCCCCUCCGUGCUGCUGCAGCCAGAUGGGUUGAGCAUGCUCCUGAGUGGGCCAGGGCUCCACUGUGGGGCAGAGGGUGGGGAGGACAGGGUGGACGAGGCCCAAAGCUGCCCUGAGCCCCCGCAGGCCGCAACCCUUUCCCCUACUGUGCCCACCCGCCCCCUGCUGAGUGCCAUUCAGAGUCGCUGCUGCACCAUCACACGAAGGGCACUGGGGAGGCACCCAGGGGGUCAGGGACCCCCUUGA